UUCUUCUGUGUUUGAGCUGAGGGCCGAGAGCUCAGCGGCGCAAUGUCUGGCCGUGGCAAGCAGGGAGGGAAAGCUAGAGCUAAAGCGAAAUCUCGCUCGUCUCGUGCGGGGCUCCAAUUUCCCGUAGGUCGAGUCCACCGCCUCCUUCGCAAAGGGAACUAUGCCGAGCGGGUUGGUGCCGGAGCCCCCGUUUACCUUGCUGCAGUGUUGGAAUAUCUGACAGCUGAAAUUCUGGAGCUGGCUGGCAACGCUGCCCGGGAUAACAAGAAAACUAGAAUAAUCCCUCGCCACCUCCAGUUGGCCGUCCGUAACGACGAGGAGCUCAAUAAGCUACUGGGAGGCGUCACUAUUGCCCAGGGAGGAGUAUUGCCCAAUAUCCAAGCUGUGCUGCUACCAAAGAAGACCGAGAGCCACAAGGCCAAAGGCAAAUGAAGACGCUGCCCCUCUUAACAUCAGU